AUGGAGAAAAGUGACAUUGCUCGUCCUAUUAGCACCUUAGAUGGCUCCAAUUACAUCACCUGGGCUCACCAAAUGAGGAGUUUUUUGAUAGGUCGUAAGUUAUGGCGUAUCGUUACGGGAGAUAUCACCAAGCCUGUCAAACCCACUCCUCCAGUGCAAAGUACCGGUCAGAACAGCAUUGAACAUAACGAUAUCAUGGAUCAUGACACAACUGCAGAGGAUAUUAAGUACAUUGAAAGACUUGAAGACUGGGAUAGCAAAACCCAUCAAAUCAUCACCUGGUUAGGUAAUACCUCUAUUCCAGUCAUCCAUACUCAAUUUGAUGCUUUUGAUACUGCGAAAGAACUUUGGGAUUUUCUGUACACACGUUUUCAGUCUAUAGGGCUUGCUCAUUAUUACCAGCUACAUUCUACACUUGUUAGUCUAAAUCAAGAAGUGGGACAAUCUGUGAAUGAAUAUCUAGCUACCUUUCAGCCCAUCUGGACUCAAUUGGAGCAGGCCAAAAUUAGUCCUAACCAUAUUCAUCUUAUAACAGUCUUAAUGGGUCUUCGACCAGAAUAUGAAUCAGUUUAUGUUGCUCUGCUACAUUGCAACCCUCUACCAUCUCUUGACGUUGUGAUUCAGGAAAUCCUAUUUGAGGAGAAAAGACUUGACAUUUUCUCCUCUCUGCCAUCUGAUGUCGCUCUUGCCACUUCUCAGCUCCGACCUGCUCAUGAGACCAGUUUCUGCAAAAAUUGCAAACUUCAUGGCCACGGGUUUGCUAAUUGUCCCACCAUUGAGUGUAGGUAUUGUCACAAACGAGGUCACAUUUUGGAUCAUUGCCCAACUCGUCCACCUCAUCCUCCUGGUCACUCACAUAAACCAAAGUUUUCUCCCAAAGCUAGUACCUCAUCAGUUGUUGCUGCUGCCACACCAUCUGAUAUCACUGCACCUUCAACCUUUCAGUUAACUGAUCUUCAUGAUUUACUAAAACAAGUGAUCUCAUCCAACUCUACUGCUCUUGCUGUCACCUUGGGUACCUCUUGGCCCCUUGACUCGGCUUGCUAUAAUCACAUGACUUUUGACAUUUCAUUGCACUACAAGAAAUUUGGCCUUUAA